GGUCCAUUUCAGCCCCUUUCCCCGCUCCCGGAGCCCGCCAGUCCCCCCGCCCCGCUCCCGGAGCCGCCGAGGCGGACGUGGCGCUGCGGAAAGGCCGAUGCGUUCGCCCGCCUCGGUGCCGGUUCCCGGGGCUGCCGGAGAGGCCCCCGUCCCUUACCGGCAGCGGAGCGCGGGCGGUGCCUCCUCAGGGGAAGGGGCAGGGCGGGAAGCGGAGCGGGGCCGCGGCCGCCGCCGCGGGAGCGCCGGGGGCGGGAGGGGCCGCUCCGCCCGCGGCCCCGCCGGCAGCGCCGCCCGGCCCGCCUGGGAGGGAGGGAGGGAGCGCCGGGGUGCGGCGGGCAUGGAGCGGGGCCGGGACGGGGAGGAGGAGCUGGAGGAGGAGGAGGAAGAGGAUGAGGAGGAGGAUGGCGGCCCAGAGAGCGCCCUGGAGAAGAGCCCGUUCCAGCUGACGGCCGCAGAUGUUUACGACAUCUCGUCCGUGGUGGGCCGGGACCUGCUGCAGCUCCGCGCCGGGCCGCAGCUGCCCGCCGCCCGCGCCCGGCUGCAGUUCAGGAUCGUCAGGGUGCUGGAGAUGCUGGAGGCGCUGGUGAGCGAGAGCAGCGUGGCCGAGGAGCAGCUGCGGCGGGAGCGGGACAGCCUCCGGCGGGAGCUGGAGCAGCUGCGGGCGGCAGCCCGCGGGAGCGCCCCGCAGCCCAGCCUUGGACCAGAUCAAAUGGUGAUAGACCUCACAGACCCCAACCGGCCCCGGUUCACGUUACAGGAGCUCCGAGAUGUACUGCAAGAGAGGAACCAGCUGAAAGCUCAGCUUCUCGUGGUGCAAGAGGAGCUACAGUGCUAUAAGAGUGGGAUCAUCUCACAGAAAAGGGACCAAACUGAAGAACUGGAAAAAGAAGCCAGUGGCAGCAGUGCUGGCAGCAGAAAGGACAGUGAAGAGAAGACAAUCAUCAAACGGUUGUUUUCUUUUAAACAUGGAAAAUGAGUAUCCUCAAGGACUUUGCUGCUGGUGAGAAUGGCACUGAUGAGCCUCAGAGGCAUUGGGAAAGACAAUGAUUGGAAGCAGCAGCAUCACUCCUACUGUAGAGAAUGAGCAAUCUCAUUAAAAUAAUGUUGUAUAAUAUUC